CGUGCGUUGGUGUCUCAUCAUCUCUCGUCAUUGUUCCGCUAAGAAACAAUUAAAAAAAAGCAUUUCACGCGCGUUCGAAUGACUCUGAAAUAGCGAAAAAACUUUCUGUGACAGCCCAACGUUUGAAUCCCUCGAAAGCAUGCAUUCAAUCGUCGUAAAACCUUGGAAUUCGUGGUCCCCCCAAAAACGCGGGAAAUCGCCAUCACAACACCAAAACAAAGCGCUGGGACUGACGUCGAGAAUACCUCUGAAUAAAAAUCCACAGCGAAUCCCAAAAUGGGCAAGGGGUCGUUCAUCUUUAAAAGGGAAUUACGUGCCUCUCGAAUUCAGUGAGAAUAAUCUUCGCUUUGAAUUUCGGGAAAAUUUCAAUGAAAUUAACGAGUCAGUGCAGACACUCAGGCGGGAAAUCAGUGCAUGGAAGUGGCAGAAGGUCCUGAGGGAUAAAGUUAGGAAAAGACUGGAGAAAUUGAGCAUUCCAAACCUCGAUUCGUUUUGUGAUAAUAAGAAGAGUUCAACGAUUUCCUCGUCGACCCAUGAGCUGAUUGAUGAGAAACAAUCACUGAGAGGUAAAAUGGAGCAGGAGAGAACGGACUGUGGAGAGAAUUUCAAACAUCUUGAGAAUUAUUUAAAAAAUAACUCGGGAAUAAUGUUGGAAGUGACGCAGGGGCACUCAGUGGGUUGUGAUACUUUGGAUGUUAUACUGAAAGCGGAGAAGCUUGUCCAGGAGACCAAGAGGAUAAUUUCUGAGAUGAGAAGAAGAGUCGGUAUCAGCCAAACUGUAUCUGAGGAGGUGCAAAUGCAGCAGCUGAGCGAUGAGUUAUUGGAAAUAAAGUGGCUUGUGUCAAUGAAAUUUGACGAGGCAAACGGCAGAAAACUACGGUCCCCCGUUUAUGGUACCCUUGCACAACCGUCGUCAAGUUACCCUCGGACUCUGGAGCCGUGGGUGAUCUCUAAACCCUUCCCAAGGAAAUAUUCAUCUACUCGAGUCCUGCCGUCGAGCAAGCGUGCUGCACCCCUGAAUUUCCAAGUGCAAAGAGGUCCUCACGUGACGAUAAGGAAUGAUCUCUGUCUCAUGAGGAUGUCUCCCCUCUCGAUUCACUCAGAGAGGAUUCCCGCACGAGCCAAUACUGGCACGUUUCAGCUGCGCCACGAGGCCUGCACCAAACGAGUCAGGAUCGAUGAAGACACGAGUUUGAUCGAUACUGGUGUGCAAAUGGGCCUGCGUGACUCAUUGCCAAUCUCCAGGUUGAAUGAGCGCGAUGCACAGUCGAGGUCAGAGGGACCUGACCUCGAGCAAAAUAAAACGGAGGGGUCGAAUGAGGUGCAUCUAGCCAUGAAACACACCAGGGGGGAGGGACAAAUUUCUCCUUCAUCUACGACCGAAAUCAACACCAAUAGACGAUGUACUUUUAUGGAGUUUCUAUGUAGGAUAAAUUCACUUCCACAAAAUCACAUUGAAGAAUCUGCACAUCGGCAUUUCAGAGAAAUUAUUAUGUACGAAGACGAGAACUGGCUCUCCUCUAUCAACACGAUGAAAAAUUCUUCGAUAAUCAGUCUAGUGCACCCUGACACCAAGAAUGUAGACAGAUUGCUCAGUAGAAUCGACAGAAAGUUGAAGGGAAUGAUGGAGACGACCGAGAUAAUAGAACAAUUGUCAUCUACAAAUAUCAAUACAACAGAGAUUCUAGACCAAUUGUAUCCUAAGGCGAAGACAGAGUCUCUACAGCAAUUAUGCAACAACAGCAAUGUCAAUUUCGAAGUUGUGGAGGGUGUGAUAGAGAAGAAUAAUUACGAAGUGGAGGAGUCAGAGACACAGAUGAAGCCACCGAUCUUCUCAACGCCUCUGAAUAACACAGUCUCUGUAUUGAAUGUCAGAUCAGGCUUGGAUCAAGGGGCAAGAACGGUCUCAUUUCCAGCUCUGUCCGGCACUGAUAAUGUCUGCGUUCAUUUAAAUGAUGGAAUUGUACCCAUGACGAGAAAUCCAUUAUUGUAUGAUGGAGAGGAAUUUCGGGGGGAUAAGAGUCGUAUAGGAUCAGGGGGGGUCAGUGGAAUAGACGAGACUGCGUCGUUACUUUCGAAUUAUUCGAGUGACAGAUCAGAUGAUCCUGGAGGGUCAGGGGUAAAGUCGAAUAGAAGCUGUCGUUUUGGGAUUGAAGAGAAUGAGGGGAUAGGUGAGAUUGAGGAGAAAAUGUCGGAAACGGUAGGAUUUACUGGGGAUAAACAUAACGAAAGGCAUUUUGAGGUGUGUGUCGCGAUUUCUGGGUAUAUGAGGAAUAAGGAAAACCCAGGGGACCUGUUCUCAGGUCGUGAGGAGACUUUGAAUGAUGUCUCCAGGGUGUCUUCAGAAGGUCUCGAGAAUUUGGAGAGAUCUGAGAAGAGAAAUGAGAAAGGGACGACCUCUGGAAGUAGGGGUAGCUCCAGAAGGUCCUCUGGACGGUGUGGAGAGAAUAUUGUAUCUUUUGAGGCGAAGGACUUCUCCAGAUGUGGUACCAGUCACAGAGAAGUCACCUCUACGCCUUCUGUAUCUCUUCAGUCUGACGGAGUCACUCGUGGAAAUUCUGCAGAGUCUUAUUCUGAGGGAGAACUUUUCAUUAUGAGUGAAGGCCGAUAUUCUCUCGGGGAAGUCGUCACGUCGAGUCUGAGGGGAUCUGGGGUUGCCCGGAAAAUGUGCGUUCGUUUGACGUCUCGUCAGGAGAGGAGCAUUGAGGCUCCAGAUCAAAGCCCAGGCGAACUCUGGGAUACCGAUAUUGACGAGAUUUCGAGUUUUGAGUCCCGAGGUCAUAAUGGCUGAGUACGAGUCUACAGACUAUCACCAAUUGCAUAAAAAUACUCAUUUAUCAGUCAUAAUUAACAUCAGUAUGUUAGUUUUCCAAAUAUACUUGAGAUGGAAAAACAGAAUUAACGCGUGAAUCUGAUGCGCACUUGUUCAAAUUUCGACUUUUUCUCUCUCAAUUAUAAAUAAAUAAAUAAUCCACAACAAUUAUUAGUAAUUAACAAAUUCCAGUAAGCGAUAAGUUCCAAUAACUAUCGAACUGCUUCUUCAUACUUCUCUUCAAUUAUUAAUCUAAAAAUUACAAUAGCAAUGAUUUAUAGUGAGUAUUGUAUUCAUUAAUUAUUUUAUACUAAAGAAUUGGUCAGUUGAUGCACACAUGGCUUUUUAAAUAAUUAUCGAGUAAUCCUUACCUGAUUAUUAAACUAAUUGUUUACCAGUAAAUUAUCAAUGAAUAAUUAUCUACAAUUAUUAUUUAAAAACGAACGUAUGGAAAUGAAUUAG